AGCUCUCACACCAUUUCAGCGCCGCAUGGAAAAUGUAUGCCCGUUUCGGUGCUCGAAACGUUUCUGGCGUUUCUUUGUACUCUACAGCCGCACCACGACCUCAAGGGAAGUUUCGGGACGCCAGUAUAAGGAGACUCUUCCGAAGGAUUUCGCCGGAGCUUCCUUCGAUCUCGAUCGUUCCGAUUCUCGACCAGUGGAUCGGAGAAGGUGAAACGGUUAACAAAUCUGACCUAGUUACCAUCAUCAACGAGCUCCGGCAUUACAAGCGCUACAAGCAAGCUCUCGAGAUAUCAAUGUGGAUGACUGACAAGAGAUUCUAUCCACUUACACGCCUUGACUUUGCCAAUCGGCUUGACCUGAUCGCAAAAGUUCUCGGUACGGAACAAGCCGAGAAUUAUUUCAACAACAUUCCUAGUGGCUUCAGAGUUGCUGAGGUUUAUAUCGCUCUCCUCAACUGCUAUGGGUAUAAUAAACAGGUGGAGAAAGCGGAGGCCGUCAUGCAGCAGAUGAAGGAUAUGGGGUUGUCUAGGACCCCGUCGGCUUAUAAUGCAUUGCUUAAUUUGUAUUAUCAGAGUUGGAAUCAUGAAAAGAUGGAUUUCCUUAUGCGAGAAAUGGAUGAGAAGGGCAUUCGUUUGAACAAAUUUACAUAUGGCAUCCGGCUCAGUGCAUAUGCAGCAGAGUCUGAUGUGGAGGGAAUCAACAAGGUUCUAGCAAGGAUGGAAUCUGAUCCGGAAAUUGUUUUGGAUUGGCUUGUGUAUUCUGUUGCUGCGAAUGGCUUUACAAAAGCUGGCCUUGCAGAUGAAGCUUUGGCAGCGUUGAAAAAAUCGGAGGCACUAUUAUCAAGUGCAAAGAAAUGGAGUACAGCAUUUGAGUGCCUUCUCACGCAAUAUGCAGCUAUAGGAAAGAAACAAGAAGUAUUAAGACUAUGGGAACUUUACAAGAUGAAACAACAAGUUUAUAACGGAGGAUAUAUAAGCAUCAUAACCUCACUGUUGAAGUUGGGUGACAUUGAAAGUGCUGAGAAGAUCUUUGAGGAGUGGGGAUCAAGGCAAAGCAAGUCAAAGUAUGACAUUCGUAUACCGAACUUCUUAAUUGGUGCUUGUUGCAGAAAGGGUCUUCUUGAGAAGGCAGAAGCCUUGGUCGCUCAGGUCAAGGUGGAGGGCGGGAAACCUAAUGUGAAAACAUGGAGUCAUUUAACAACCGGUUAUUGUGUGCGUAAGCAAACUCACAAGGCGGUUGAGUCAAUCAAAGAAGAAAUUUCGGUUGCCGAACCUUGGUGGAAGCUGAGCAAAGACAAUGUAGCUGUUUGUUUGGACUACUUGAUAGGGAAAGGGGACGUUGAGCAAGCAGAGGAAAUUAUAAGACUACUUAAAGAUAAGGAUUUUGUGUCCAUGGAUGGCCAUGAAAGACUGUUGAAUAAGAUUAAAGAAAAGGAAUCAAUUUCUCAAGAAAUGCUUUAUAUGAAUGGUUAUGACCAUCGUUGGAAAGAGAGGAAGUCUCGAAGUUUGGAAGCAAAUGAGGAUAGCAGCAGCGAAGCUGGAUUCAGCGAGUGAAAAGCUAUUAGGUAAAGCCCUAGAAUGAUCUUAAAAUUACGGUUUUUGAGCUAUAAAUUCAUGACCGCAUUCUCAUGGUCAAGGAAUAGAAAAGCUCUAGACAUGUUCCGAAAAGACCUUUUCUUGUGAGAAGGAACAAUGAUGCAUAAGAUUAAAAGACAAUGCAAGAAUCUUGGAUGGAAAAUGACUGUUGAACUCUUUUAUUAUGGCAAUGGUUGUGGUUCUCUCCAACUCUAACCUCUACAUUAUAUGCAU